AUGAGGCAAUACGUAACUGAACGAAGCACAUCAUACGUGUUCUCGGACACGGCGGUCGGGCUGUGGUACUACGCGUCGGGCUACAUGCACUACGCGGGCGCCAUCGUCACCGUGCUGGCCGAGGCGCCGGCCACCGUCGCGGCCCGUCCGUCCGGCGGCGUCUGGGAGCCGGUCCGAUUGGCCGGGGCCCUGCUGGUGUUCGCCUGGGCGUACCGCGAACAGUGGCGGGCCAACGUGGCGCUGGCCGGGGCCCGGAAGCGCGGCGGCCGGGUGGUCACGCACGAGCACGGCGCUCUGUUCGACCUGGUGUCCACGCAGAUGCUCGAGGUGGUCAUGUACGGCGCCUGGUACGCCGUGCUGUGGGGCGGCAGCGGGUGGAAGUACGUGAUCGCGUUCGUCUGGGGCAAUCAGUUCGAGAUAGCGCUCAUCAGCCACCGGUGGUACCGGGACAAGUUCCAGGACUACCCCCGAGAAAGGAAAGCCAUCAUCCCGUACGUGCUGUGA